AUGUCGAAGAUCAAUUUAAUAGAUGUACUUAAAUAGCUGAACAAUAAGUAUUAUAAAAAUAAUCAUCAUUUUUAAAAGUUUUUGAGAAAUAGAAAUUGAUAACACUAUAAGUGGGAAUUAUUUCUGUAUAAUUUUAUAAAUUUACAUAGAUGUUAGUAUAGAUAUGGUGUGGUUCUUUUGCGGUGUUUUAUUAUAGUGCUCAAAUAUUUAGUGAUUUAUCAGAUAAUGAUAUUACUCAAAAGACAAUAUAUACAAUAUGUCUUGGACUAUCUGGUUUUAUUGCUUAAUUCUCUACUAUAUAUAUGGUCAAUAAAAUUGGAAGUAAAUACAUUUUAAGUAAUUAAAAAAGUAAAUUAAAUAGUGAUUGGUUCUUUAAUUAUUGGAUCUUUAAAUUUAGCAGUAUCUAUAAUUUCAGAACAUGCUAAUUAAGGAACUGAGUUUGUAAUAUUUAUUCUAUUGCUUUUGUUAAUAAUGACCUUUGCUUCUACAUUAGGGCCUGUAGCUUGGGUAUAAUUUAAGUAGUAUUUUUAAUAUAGUAUUGUGCCUUAGAUAAAUGAUAGUGAUGGUACAUUUGUAUCUACUGAACUUAGAUGGAGUUUCUAAACUAUUCUAAUAUUUAGUUUCCCUU